UAAAAUCAAGAGUCAACAAAGAAAGGGAGAAAGAUGGAGUCUAACUACACUGAGUGGUGCUGCUCUUUACUUGUCUCUACUCCUGUCGCUCAUGCUAUUUCUGGCAUGUUUGUAUUCACGGCCAUCAUAAUAGCCUGUUUCCAGGUUUUUCAACACUUGCGGUUCUACACUGUCCCCGAGCAGCAGUUGUGGAUAGUCCGUAUACUCUUCAUUAUCCCGGUCUAUGGUUUCUGCUCAUGGAUAGGUAUCCUCUUCCCUCAAUAUUCAGUUUAUUUUGACGCCAUUAGGAGUUGCUAUGAAGCUUUUGUCAUAUAUAACUUUAUUCGUCUGUGUAUCGCUUAUUUGGGUGGUGAGUCCUCCAUCUUGGCUUCUCUUAGUGGCACUCCCAUACCGAGAUCUGUCAUCACUGGUACAUGUUGCUUCCCUAGGAUGACCUUCUCCAUUAGAUAUUUAAGAUUUUGUAUCCAGUCGACCCUCCAAUUCUGUUUCGUCAAACCUGUUGUUGCCUUGGUAACGAUUAUACUAGAGGCAGUCCACUAUUACAACGAGGGCAAUUGGGAUCCUAAAUAUGGCUACAUUUAUUGUACUUUUGCUUACAACAUCUCAGUUACGUUUGCCCUGUACGGACUGGUAUUGUUCUAUACUGCAACAAAGCCUCUUCUUUCCAAUUACAAGCCUGUCCUGAAGUUCUUUUGCAUCAAGUCAAUCAUAUUCCUCUCAUUUUGGCAAGGUCUCCUACUUGCUAUUCUUUAUUGGGUUGGUGUUAUUCAAAGUGCUGAGAAUGCAGCUGCUUAUCAGAACUUCCUCAUAACGAUAGAAAUGUUCCUUGCUGCUCUUCUCCUCUUCUUUGCCUUCCCCUACAGCUACUAUCAGAGCCUCUGUAAGGAUCCCCAAGGACGUGGGAUUCCAAUGACUAGCAUCUCGUCUCACUUCCGUGAUACUCUCAAUCCUCAUGACGUUGUCAACGAUGCCAUUCAUAAUUUCUCUCGUGUCUAUCAGCAAUACGCUAUUCAGGAGGAUCUAAGCGAAAGCGAUGAAGAUAAGAAGUUUGGUCGCUCGCCUACUUCUCCUACCACUGGUACUGGUGUGGGGGUGUCACUCUAUGCCUUUAAGAAGAGUCCAUUGGGAAAGAAAGGAGGGAGUGAUGGAGGUCAGGAGAAGACUGUUUUGUUGGUUGAAUCUGACGAAGACGAAAUAUAUUAAGGCAUAGAAUCAAUACACUUAGCAGCUGCCCUCAUUUUAUUGCUUCUUAACUUUUCUCUCUCUCUCUCUCUCUCUUGUGUUCAUGAUCCUGUCAGUAUUGUGCAAUAUAAUCUCAGUUAAUUAUGAUUUUUUGACUUUUAAGAAAACAUAA